AUGAAGCCUAUCGUGUGUGACAAGGGACAUGGAAUGGUGCAGGCGGGAUUUGCUGGAGACGAAGCACCAAAGGUUGUGUUUCCAUGUGUCGUGGGUCGUCCAAGAGAUGGAUUGAAUCCGAACGAAUCUUAUGUGGGAGAAGAAGGUCAUGCCAACAGAGAUAUUCUCACACUUAAAGACCCAAUGGAGCAUGGUAUCGUUAACAAUUGGGAUGACAUGGAGAAGAUUUGGCACUAUACUUUCUACAACGAGCUACGUGUGGAUCCUGAAGAACACCCUGUACUUCUCACUGAAGCUCCUUAUAACCCUAAAGCCAAUCGUGAGAAAAUGACUCAGAUCAUGUUUGAGAGCUUUGAUGUUCCUGCUAUGUACGUCUCCAUGCAAUCUGUUCUUUAUCUCUAUUCCAGUGGUCGUACCACAGGUGUUGUGUUGGAUUUAGGAGAGAGGGUGAGCCACACAGUUCCAGUAUACGAAGGUUACGCACUCCCACACGGUAUACUUCGUCUAGACCUUGGAGGCCGUGACCUAACUGACUACCUCAUAGAAAUCAUGACCGAACGUGGCUACACAUACACCACAUCCGCCGAGCGGGAAAUAGUCCGAGACAUCAAAGAGAAGCUUUGUUACGUAGCACUCGACUACGAGCAAGAAAUGGAGAAGACAACAAAGGGUUGGACAAUCGAUAAAACCUACGUGCUUCCCGAUGGUCAAGAGAUCACGAUAGAAGCCGAGAGAUUCAUGUGCCCCGAGGUUCUUUUCCAGCCGUCUGUGAUCGGAAAGGAAUCUUCUGGUAUUCACGAGGCGACUCGCAAUUCCAUCUUGAAGUGUCCUGUUGAUACGAGGAGGGAUAUGUAUGGUAACAUUUUGAUGACUGGUGGCACGACGAUGUUACAUGGGAUUAAAGAAAGAAUGACCAAAGAGCUAAAUGCACUUGUACCGUCGAGUAUGAAAGUUAAAGUUGUAGUUCCUCCGGAAAGUGAGUGUAGUGUUUGGAUUGGAGGCUCCAUUUUGGCUUCUCUAAGCACCUUUCACCAGAUGUGGAUAACUAAGGAUGAAUAUGAAGAACAUGGAGCGGCGAUUGUUCACAGAAAAUGCGUCUAA